AUGAUGCAUGAGCCAGCUGCUGCGUCCCAACAGCAACCUCAACAACAGCAGCUCCAGCACCAGCCCCACCCCCAGCACCAGCAGACAAUGCAGCAAGAAUACGUUCAAGGCGCCAACGUUCAGACCCAAGAAUGGCAGUCGAGCCUGAUGGACUGCGGUCCUUGCGAUACCUGUAUCGUCGGAACCUGUCUCCCGUGCUUGCUUCUCGGCAAAACCUCAGAGCGCAUGCGCGACCCUACGAUGCAGACGUACGAGGCCAUUAACACAGACUGCCUGCUCAUGUGCGGCAUCAGCUGGUUCACUGGCUGCGGCUGGAUCUACGCCAUGAUGAAGCGCGCCGAGAUCCGCGAGCGAUUCGGCAUCAAGGGCUCCGGCAGCUCCGAUUGCUGCGUGAGUUAUUGGUGCGGUUGCUGCGCGCUCAUCCAGCAGGAUAAGGAGGUCCAGGCACGUCUGUCGACGGGUCCCAUCGUUCAGGGGUACCAGCCGCAGAAGGAGGGAAUGCACAUGCCGCCGCAGCAAGCUUGA